UCCUCUGAGGCGCCGAGCGCUGCCCGCUCGCAGUGGGUGGAAAAUAUUGUUUAUUAUACGAAAACAAAAAUACAAUAUUGUUAUCACAUAUGAUUUGUUCGCUUGCUGAAUGCAAAGGGGAAUCCAUCACAAUCAGUCGGUAUGAAGGGUCCCACCAGACAAGCUCCAAGUGUUCCUGGAAGUGGAGUGACACUGUACUCUCCUGUAACUAACUGGAACAAUGACCCCUUUGGUGCUGAUGUUUUUGAGCCCAACCCUCAGUUCACGCAGAAAAAGAAACCUCCCCCACGUCCACCACCACCCAAAGUUAAUGCCAAAUCCAAUGACAUGCCUCUAAAGCCGUCACACUUCAUAAGAAAGCCUACAGUGCUGUCUUCCCUGAUGUCACGCAACAAAAAUAGAACAACUGUGAGCAAUCAAUCUAUCAAUGUCAUAUCUCACCCUUCUGAUGCAGACUUGCAUCCAGAGUUGGAUACUAAUAAAAUGUUUCCUAAGUGUGAUCCAAAGAAUGUACAAAUUGGCACUCUUAUAGACUUCUCUUCGCCACCAAGUUCACCAACCUUUACAACAAGAUCUAGCAGUGAUGGCCUGAGUGUAGACAGCUUUGGCUCUGAUGCUACAACUUCCACAAACCACCACAAUAUGAUUAACGGCGGCAAUGCUUCACAAGCUGAGAGUGGUUUUGAAGAUGACUUUGAGCUAUUCCUGCACUCCAGAAAAACCAUCCCUAAAGAUGAUACGUUGGAAGACUUUAGUGCAGUUGAUCCAUUUUCACCACAACCUCAACCUGUAUCAAAACCUCCUAUAAUGAAAAAACCUAGCAAAGACUUGUUUGAAAACAUGAGCAAUCAGCUUCCUGCUCCAUCCAUGAAGGGUCCUACAAUAAUUCGUGGAAAACCUGCACGGCCAAAGCCACCAGACAAUUCUGCUCUCCUUAAGAGCACUUUUGGAAGCAGCUUCCCUGUAAUGUCUAUGAAUGUUAAUACCAAGACACCAAUUCAGAAGGUUUGCAACGGCUAUGGAGAUAGUUUCGAGAAGCCGUUUAGAUGGGAUGAACAGAAUUCUCCAGAGCGGGAGUCCUCGCCACCAAUGCCGUUGAUCCCUCCGCCGCCGCCGCCAACCGUGGACGAGGCGCCCCUCGAGUGGCCUGUAGCCGCCGGCGCCAACACGCUUUCAGAUUCCUACGCCGAUGAACCGUACGGUGUUGCGCUUUUCGACUAUUUUACCGACCACCCGGACGAUUUGUGCUUCUCGGCAAAUUCGAAGAUCAAACUUGUAAGGCGAGUGGACGACGAGUGGCUCUAUGGAAAGCUGCGCAAUGGCCUUGAGGGCAUAUUCCCUGCCAACUACGUGGAGAUAAAAGUGCCUCUCCCAGGGGAGCCGCUGCCGCCGCCCGCACGACUGGGUAAAGCCCUUGCUCUUUAUGACUUCGAACCAGUUCAAAAGGGCGAUCUGUGCUUCACCGCAGGUGACACCAUUUCUGUCAUAUCUCAACUCAACGACGAAUGGUAUUUCGGCGAAUGCAACGGAGUCAAAGGGCAAUUCCCAGCCAAUUAUGUUCAAAUAAGUUAAUCAUUCAUUACUUUUAUUGUUUCAAAGUUAGAAUCCCCUCUCGCGGCGCCGCUUUUGUCAUCUUUUUUUGUUACCGGGCGUGAUACACAAAGGACUAGCUUUUUAUUUUUUAUGUACAAAAUAUAAAUAAUAUAAAAGAAAUGUUUUCGUAGCUGUAUGCGUACCGUUGUGUCGUGAUAUAUUGCGUAAUAUAUAAUUCUUAUGUUAUAAUAAGCAAACAGCGAGUUUCAAAUUAUUGUGAUGUUAGAAAUGUGCAAGAAGACUGAUGCGUAGGCACCAUAUCACGAUGCUUCUACUUUGUAACAAGCAUCACGAAUUUAUCCGUCGUUAGACUGUAAAAUUUGAUAUUAUUGUGCAAUAAUGA